AUCAAACAAUGUCAACUAGGAAAGUUGUGAUUGACUGUGACCCAGGCACAGACGAUUUUGUGGCAUUAUUGAUACUUUUACAUGCCGACAAACUUAAGAAAAUCAAAAUCGAGGCAAUAUGUUGCUCUAUGGGCAACACAACCUUGGAUUAUGUUUGCAAAAAUAUCGUCAGAACCUUGGAAAUGGUCGAUAGGACAGAUAUUCCAGUUUUCAAAGGUUCCGAAACUCAAAUCAUCAUACCAGAUAAACCAAUUCCAGUUUAUCAUUUGGAAGAUGGUUUUGGUAAUUUAGGUCAUGAAUAUAAACCUGACAUGAGUAUAAUAAAGGAAAAACCAUCUCCUAUAGCAUUAAAUGAUAUUUUAAACCAACAUCCCAAUGAAGUUAGUUUAAUAUUUUUGGGGCCCUUAACAAACCUUGCUUUGGCACUAAAAUUAUAUCCUAAUAUGAGUGACAAAGUUAAAGAUUUGUGGAUUAUGGGUGGAAAUGGCAUAUCAGGUAAAGGGAAUACUACACCAACAGCUGAAUAUAAUUUUUUUGUGGACCCUGAGUCAGUUCAUAUAGUUUUACAAAGUUUAGCAUGCCCAAUAACUAUUUUACCUUGGGAGACACUUUUAGAAUCAACUGUGUCAUAUCAAUGGAGAUAUUCUACUUUGGGAAAAAAAUCUGAAGCAUUUAAAUUGUUAAACAGAAUGGAAAAAGCAAUAAACAGACCCAAUAAAGAGACCUGGAGAUGUUUUGAUGCCGUCCUGGCAUGUGCUUUUCUAAAUCCUGAUAAUUUUAUAACAAGAAAAACUAAAUAUCAUGCCACAAUAGAUCUGCAUGAAAACAGAGGCCAAGUGAUAUUAAAUCAAGAAAAAACUCAUAACGUUAUGAUUAUUGAAGCCUUUAACACCGAAAAAUUCAAAGAAAUACUACUAAAAAUCGAGGAUACAUACUAAAACUAAACAUUACUGAUACUGAUAAUACUUUAAUAAACAUAUUUGACUUUACUUUGUGUUGAUAUUUACAAUUAUUAUAAAUCCAACUAACCUAUUUACAGCACGGAAUGCAUAAUACUCAUUUACUCUCCUGAGAGGCUUGGUUCUGAGCUUCGGUACCAAGUUGUUGACGAACCUCUCGAUUGGCAUGUAACAACUGCAAUAACUGGGCGUGGAUGUUGUCGUUUUUCUGCUCUAUGGCAUCAAGAGCCGAAUUCAACUCAUCCAUCGUGCUGUCCAACCUUUCAAACUCUAAAAUUACAACUUGAAGAAAAAUUUUCGGUUUAACCUCAAUUUUUACCGUCGGGGGAGAUGUCUUCUAACUCUUCCUCGUUCUCCGAUUCCACUUGCAUUUCCUCGUCCGAUUUUCCAUUUUGGUUGUUAUUUUCCUUGGGAGGUACGGAUUGUUCACCCAUUUUUAUCGUUUCCCAGAUUUAUUGAUGUCAUAUGAUUAACGUCAAAAUAUGUUGACU